CCGCUAUCGAGAAUCCUGGGGUAAAUCCGGCAGAACUGCGGAGUCGAGCCUGCCCGCCUUCCUAUUCGGGUACCCGCCACCUUUCCGCUGGGACCAGGCCGCGAGCUAUCCGUCAGCUACGCCGCGGUGUCUCCCAGACGGUCAUUCCAUCUUCUUUCACUUCGCAACACUUGCGCCAAGCUAAAGAUCUUCCUCGUUGUUUUGUACCAAGUCAUUGAAGCCAUGAGUCUUAUCAACAUUCAGUCUGCCGGUCAAUGGCAAGGCAUCCUGAGUAGCAACAAUGUCGUAAUCGCAGACUUCUACGCCGACUGGUGCGGCCCUUGCAAGCAGAUCGCACCGCACGUCGAACGCCUCGCGAAAGAACACUCCAAGCCGAACAAGGUCGCCUUCUGCAAGAUCAAUGUCGACAACCAGUCCACCAUCGCCCGCACCCACGGCGUCAGCGCCAUGCCCACCUUCAUCAUCUUCCACGGCGGCCAGGCGAUCGAGACCAUCAAGGGCGCGAACCCGCCCGCCCUCACACAAGCCAUCCAGAAUGCGUUGAAGCUUCCCGAUAAGGGCGGUCGCUCUGCGGCCUCGUUCAAGACUCCCGGCCGGACGCUCGGCGGGGAUAAGCCCGCACGCGCGAGCCUCCAGAGGCCGUUUGCGUGGCACUACCGCGGGAUUCUCAGCAACAUCAUUACAUUUAUUGGGCUGUAUCUGGUUUCGCUCUUCGCGAUCGAUCCCCACAAGGCGGCCGAGAUGUCGCAAUUUAACCGCGUGAACCCGCCCCCACCGACGGCCAAAUCCACAAAGAGCGCUGGCCCAGGCGCGAGACAGCCGCCGAGGGGUCCUGCCUUCAAGACUCUCGCUGACCUAGGCGGCGAUGAGUAGUCUGAUAUUUCCGGUUGCAUUUGGCGUAUGGCGUUAGCAUGGGCAGUUGGGGAAGCAUUCGCUUCGAAAUGCAAGGAGCAUGUUGAAUGCGUCAAUCCAAAUCUUUUCUAUACACCCAGCUGAACUUUGCCGCUGUUUUCUUUUUAUGGCCAAACACCUUGGACCAGGGGCCGGAAUAGCCUGUGCGAUAUCUACACCAACCCGACCACUCCGUUCCUAGCUUUAAGCGGUUCUAUUGGUCUCCAUUGCGUGCCUUUGGAAGU